AUGGACGAAAACUCAGAAAUUAACUAUGAUGUACCUGCACAUCAAAGUAACAGUAUACAUGUGAGUGAAAGUCAUAGUGCUUAUGAAGAAGUAAAUAAGACAUCGAGUGAAAGUGAAUUUGUAAAUGAUGACUAUUCAAACGUAAUGAAUGAAAAUAAUAUAGAGAGUGAUAAUGUGAAAUAUAUUCCUGAUUUAUAUAAUUUAGGUAAAGCAAGACAAUAUUUAAGUCCUAAAGUACAAGAAUAUGGAAUACCAGGACAAGUGAGUCCUUAUCAUUUCGCUUAUAAUGAAGAAGAUUAUUUAUCAAAUGUAAAUACGGAAUAUGAUGAGAACGGUUUCCCUAUAAGAACUAAUAUUAUUGACAAUAAUGAUAAUAAUAAUGAUAAUAAUAAUAAUAAUAAUAAUAAUGAUGAUGAUAAUAAGAAAUUGUGGUCUUGGACAAAUGAUGGUAAAUUAAAAUUAUUAUGUUCUCAACCUAUAAUUCCUGUAUCGGUUGUACAAGGAAUAUUAAGAAGAGAUAAAAUAAUUUUAAUUCCACAGGUAGAAGUAACAGAUGUUGUUAUACCUAAAGUAUAUAAUCAAAAUAUAAAACAUGAUGUUCCAACAUUAAAUAUAGAAAUUAAGAAAUCUAAUGUAAAUAUACCAAACGUUAAAUAUGUAGAUAAAGAAAUAAUUAUUCCAAUAAUUACUGGUUAUACACAUAAGUUUGUUCCUAAGUGGGAUAUACAUGAAGUACCAAGACCUGUUGUCAAAUAUAUAGGAGAACAAAAAAUUGUAGAAGUAGAAGUACCAGAAAUAAAAUAUAUAGACAAAUUUGUUGAAAGAGAAGUUAUUGUAGAUACAGUUGAAAAAAGAGUUCCUAAAAUUAUUGAAGUACCAAAAUAUGUAGAUGAAGUUAAAUAUGUUUGGAAACCAAUUGAAAAAAUUGUAUAUGUUCAAAAAUUAAUUCCAAAAUUUGAUGUAAAUUUAGAAUGCCCACCACCUCUAAUAGUACCAUAUCCAGUUCAAAGAAUAAAACAAAUACCUCCUAUUAUGUUAAAAAAAAAUAAUACAGAAAUACCUGAUUAUAAUUAUUUUGAUUUAAAUUCACCUGAAGGUUCCUUACCUAUACCAGAAGAAUAUAUAGAUCAUUAUUCAAAAAAACAAAAAAAAAUCAACAAUGGAUUGCUUUCGACUUGUUGUGAUAAGAAUCAAAAGAAAGAAGACGAAAAAAAGAAUGUCGAAUUUGUUUCUAUACCAUUAAGUAAAGAAAGUGAAAAAAGUGUUUAUAUGGAUGAACAAAUAAAACAAAAUGUGAGUAUGUCACAAGAAAAUAUAAAUACACAAUUAAAUAAUAAUAUGGACAAUAUUAUAUAUGAAAGUGAUAUAAUAAAUAAGGACACGACGAAUUCAAUCAAAAUUGAAAAUGAACAACUAUAUAUAUAA